GAUUAAAUUACAGUCAUAUGCUCUUCCAACUGAGCUAAGCGGGGAUUUCUUAUCGCAAUCCACUGGGUGAUACAUAACACCUCAAAAUACCCCCAAUCCGCGCUUUUUUUUUCCAAUUCAAGCUAUGUUCCCUACCCCAUCACCAUAUCCUCGAGACGGUAAGUCCCUCUUCAGUGAUAGAAUGGCGGAAGACACUAGGAUCACUCCUGGCGCCGUCACGGGAUUCUGUUCAUCCGAGCAAGCUGAAGUAUAUGAGGUGCUUGAGUCUGGAACCCCAGACUACAAGCAACGCCGUGUAGCAAUGAAGCUCGGGAUGAGAGCCGCUCUCGCUAACAUCAUCAUGUGCUCCCUCCCUCAAAUGAUGCCUGGUGGCGAGGAAGCGCUCAAAAAAGCGUUGUCCCCGUAUGGUGACGUGGUAGGAGAGCUUGUGAGAGAGCGAAGAUUUGCUACCCAUGCGUUCUUGACAGGUCGUUGCUGCUUUCUCAUGCGUCUCAAGGAAGAAAAUAAGCUGCCACCUCGGCGCUUGACGGUGGUGUACAGCGAUCACGAGGAAGAAAUGACACUGACCAUCAAUCCACUCCCUGGAACGAAGCAAUGCCAUUUCUGCCACACACUCGGACAUGCGCGUGCAGAAUGUCCCGUAGCGCCUAUUUGCAAUAUAUGCAAAGCCUCAACGGCCCAUCCACCCAUCAAGUGUCCUAUCAUCAACCCGAAAAAGCAAGAACGAUGGCCUGGUGCUUCUCAUCACUUUGUGCCGACUGAAGUGGACGAGAUUCCCGAAACUGAGGGCUACAAGAAAGCUUGCGCAUCCAUGCUCAAGCACCAAGAAGCCUCGUCUGGCCAGACUAUCCUUUGCAAAAUCCCGGACUUUGCAGAUGAAGGCAUUCCUGAGCUCAAAGCGGCCUUCUCUCAAUAUGGCUUGAUUCCUGUCUAUUACCGGGAGUGUGUCGAGGGAACCAAGAAACCCUCAGGACGCUUUUGUUUCUUGCUGAGGCUCAAGGAUGUGUUUAAGCAGCCACCUAGACAAGUGGUCGUCAAAAGAGAUGGUGGCAACUUUCUCGAGACAAUCGAGCUCAUAACCGGUGCAGAAGCCGAGAACUAGCUCUAGCUGUCUUGUUGUUUACUCCAAACCGAUUCUGCUUACACCUCCUCCGUGCUGCUUCCCUAAUCUAGGCAGCCGACGAUUGACCAUGCUCAAGGUAAUAGCGCGGACAAGUGUCACCGCUUGAAGCCUCUAUUCACGGCCGACAUGAGACCAUACCAUUGGAGUUUGUAACCGACUCCUUA